AUGCUGCGGUUCCUGCGCCGGACUUUUGGCCGCCGCUCCAUGCAGCUCUACGCGCGGGGCGCGGCAGGGCGCGGGGCCGCCGGGCUGGGGGACGAGCGCGAUGGGGGGCCGCGGGGGGGCCCGGCCGCCGCCGCCUCGCCGCUGCCCGCCGCGCCCGGGGGCAGCGUGUUCCCGGCCGGCGGGGGUCCCCUGCUCACGGGCGGCGCGGCCGUGCACAUCUCCGCCGCCGGCGCGGCCAAGGCCACCCUCUACUGCCGCGUCUUCCUGCUGGACGGGACCGAAGUGAGCGUGGACCUGCCGAAACACGCCAAAGGCCAGGACCUGUUCGAUCAGAUCGUGUACCACCUGGACCUCGUGGAGACAGACUACUUCGGCCUCCAGUUCCUCGACUCCGCCCAGGUCGCGCACUGGCUGGAUCAUUCCAAACCCAUUAAAAAGCAGAUGAAAAUUGGACCUGCUUACGCUUUGCACUUUCGAGUGAAAUACUAUUCUUCAGAACCGAACAACCUUCGUGAAGAGUUUACAAGGUACCUGUUUGUUUUACAACUCAGGCAUGACAUUCUUUCAGGAAAAUUGAAAUGCCCAUAUGAGACGGCUGUGGAAUUAGCUGCUCUCUGCCUACAAGCGGAGCUUGGGGAAUGUGAGCUUCCAGAACACACCCCGGAGCUUGUGUCUGAGUUUCGGUUCAUUCCAAAUCAGACAGAAGCGAUGGAAUUCGAUAUCUUCCAGAGAUGGAAAGAGUGCAGGGGAAAGAGCCCUGCCCAGGCGGAGCUGUCCUACCUGAAUAAGGCGAAGUGGCUGGAAAUGUAUGGGGUAGACAUGCACGUGGUCAGGGGAAGAGAUGGCUGUGAAUAUUCUCUUGGACUGACCCCGACAGGCAUAUUAAUCUUUGAAGGAGCUAACAAAAUAGGCUUAUUCUUUUGGCCUAAAAUCACCAAAAUGGAUUUCAAAAAGAGCAAACUGACACUGGUGGUGGUGGAGGAUGAUGAUCAGGGCCGGGAGCAGGAGCACACGUUUGUAUUCCGCCUGGACAGCGCCAGGACCUGCAAGCACCUCUGGAAGUGCGCCGUCGAGCACCACGCCUUCUUCCGGCUGCGGACUCCGGGGAACAGCAAGUCCAGCAGAUCCGACUUUAUCCGGCUGGGGUCCCGCUUCCGAUUCAGCGGGCGGACGGAGUAUCAGGCGACUCACGGGGCCCGGUUACGAAGAACCAGCACCUUCGAGAGGAAGCCUAGCAAACGCUACCCAUCCCGGAGACAUUCGACAUUCAAAGCAAGCAACCCGGUGAUCGCCGCUCAGCUCUGCUCUAAAACAAAUCCUGAAGUCCACAAUUACCAGCCUCAGUAUCAUCCCAAUAUCCACCCCAGCCAGCCCCGGUGGCACCCGCACUCUCCCAACGUCAGCUACCCGCUCCCUUCCCCAGGGCUCAGCAGCUCGGACCGGCUACCCUUCGGCAUCGAGGAGAACGGGGGCACGCCAUUCCCUACCAAAGCUUCGGGGAGGCACCACCACCACCACCACCACCAGCACCAGCACCAGCACCAGCACCAGCACCACCCAAACUAUGGCCUCUCCCUGACCCUGGAGAACAAGGAGGGGCCGCUGAGGUCCCCAAACUCCAGCAGCAAAUCCCUUACAAAACUGACUCCAGGAGCUCCUGCCCUGUUCAACGAGGCGGCCACGCAUCUCAAGAAGCUGGAACUGGACACUGUGAAGGCCCCUGGACCCUGGCCUGCUCUGCACAUCAACAUCAAUAAGGUUGAAGAAAAAAAAGUUUCUGAGAAGACUCUUCAGACCCCGCUCUUGCCUUCCCCUGUGGCUGAUCACGUGAAGUGUAACAUUUUGAAAGCCCAGCUGGAGAAUGCUUCCCGAGUGAGUGCUCAGGUUGGGAAAGAGGAAUCCACGUUUGUAAAUAUCAAUAAGAAAUCCAGUCUUCAGGACGCUAAUGUAAGAAGUCCGAUUCCUAUACGUGUGGAAACGGCCCAGCCAGCAGUGGAAAAGCCGGAGAUCAAGCCUCCUCGAGUGAGGAAGUUAACAAGGCAAUACAGCUUUGAUGAAGACGACCUCCCUCCAGAGCUGGCUGAGGCCGUCGGCCUGACCACCACCACCACCACCACCACCACCACGGCCGCCGCUGCCACGCAGGUCUCUGCACCACUGGCGUCCCCCAAGGUCCACAAAGUCAGCUCUCCUCAGAGUUCAGAAAGCAAGAGUCCGCUGUCCCCAGGGGCCAAGAGCCCCUCUGACCGAGGAGGUGCCUUCACCUUGGAGCCCGGCGACCUCCUGAUGGACUUCACGGAAGCCACUCCUCUGGCAGAGCCCGCCAGCGCCCCCCACUGUGCCCACUCUCGCUGCUCUCCUCCACUCUCUCUCCCCAUGAAGGAAGAGACCACUGGAGUUUGCAUGCACCCUCCAAUCAAAACGAGGCUGAUAAAAACAUUCCCGGUUGAUCCAGUGACCUCGUUUCCUGAGCCUUUCAUCGCAGGGCCGCCGUUUACCGCCGACUUUAGAGACAGUAAAUUACAGUGCUGCCCUGGCCAGUCUUCCCCACUGAUCCCAGCAGUGACUCUGAGGCCUUUGACAGAGACCAUCUCCACCGUGCAGACCGUCUACACCACUCGGAAGCCUGUUUCUCUGGCAGCCAGUGCAGAGACGCUCCGGCAGGAACUGGAGAGAGAGAAGAUGAUGAAAAGACUGUUGAUGACCGAACUGUGA